UAAAACCCAGAAGACAAACGUGAAACGUGUGUGUACAGACGACAGCAGACAGUGUGUGUCAGACCCACAGUUUGUUGUAGACGUGCAGUAUUGAUGUUUUACUUCUAUUGCAACACUAGUCACGUGAAUCUUUAGAGUAAGGAUUAAGUGCGUGGCCCUGAAGACACAAACUCUAUCGAUAUAUUGAACUCGUCGCUGCGUGUCGUCAUUAGUUUGAUCAGAGGUUUGAUACUGGAGUAGGAUGGGCUUUUACACCUGGCACUUUUUACCUCAGACCUUAAGCGAUUUAAAAGCUAGUAUUGGUGUUAUGACUAUUUAAUUUAUAUCACAAUCUAGAUAAAAUUAAAAACAGGACGGUCGCGGAAUUUUUUCAUAAUCUUUCCUGAUGUCGGACUGCAGCUCAUCGGGUUCAGAUGAGGAUUUGGACCCGGAGUCAGAGCUGCUGGACGAGCUCGGCGGCAAGCUCAGCAAGUGGACUAACUACAUUCAUGGAUGGCAGGACCGCUGGAUUGCGCUGAAGGGCAAUAUUCUCAGUUACUACAGGUCAGCAGAUGAGAAGGAGUACGGCUGUAGAGGGUCCAUCUGUCUCAGCAAGGCUGUCAUCACGCCUCAUGAGUUUGAUGAAUGCCGGUUUGACAUCAGUGUGAACGACAGCAUCUGGUACCUGAGGGCUGAACAUCCUUUGCUCCGGCAGCAGUGGAUCGAUACCAUCGAACUUCACAAGGCUGAGUCAGGCUACGGGUCUGAGAGCAGUCUACGCCGCCAUGGCUCCCUACUGUCCCUCACCUCUGCCGCCAGUGGCCUCUCCACCACCUCCGCUUCCUCCUUCAAGAAGGGAUACAGUCUGCGGGAAAAGCUAGCAGAGAUGGAGACCUUCCGAGACAUUCUCUGCAGACAGGUGGACACUCUGCAGAGGUACUUUGACAACUGCGCCGAUACUGACAGUAAAGAUGAGCUUCACAGGGACAAAGUAUCCGAUGAUGACGAAGAUUUUCCAACCUUACGUCCAGAUGGAGAUUAUCUGCUCAACAACAACAGCAGUAAAGAAAAAUUAUUCCCUGUGGACAGCCUCAAAGCUUCCACAGGCAUCGAUUUCAAGGGUGAAGCCAUCACGUUUAAAGCCACUACAGCAGGAAUCCUGUCCACACUGUCCCACUGCAUCGACAUUUUGGUCAAAGGAGAGGAGAGCUGGCAGAGACGACUUGAUAAGGAAAUUGAAAGGAGAAGACGGGCUGAAGAUGCCUACAAAGCUGCGUUGACAGAGCUGAAGAAGAAGCCUCAUUAUGGAGGACCAGACUAUGAAGAAGGACCAAACAGUCUGAUCAAUGAAGAGGAGUUCUUUGAUGCUGUGGAAGCUGCAUUGGAUAAACAUGACCAGAUCGAAGAGCAAUCCCAGGCAGAAAGGAGCAGGGCAUCUCGACAGAUCUCCCUCACUCCAGACACCUAUUCCUCCAUCAGCACUCAGAAAUACUUGACUAAGCCUCGCAGUCACACUUCCUCCUUGUCCUCCUCUGUCGACCUAAUAAGUGCCUCAGAUGACGUGCACAGGUUCAGUGCUCAGGUUGAGGAGAUGGUGCACAGUCACAUGACUUAUUCUUUACAGGAUGUGGGCGGAGAUGCCAACUGGCAGCUGGUCAUUGAAGAAGGGGAUAUGAAGGUGUACAGAAGAGAGGUGGAGGAGAAUGGCAUUGUUCUGGAUCCUCUCAAGGCUACUCAUUCUGUCAGAGGGGUCACGGGUCACGAGGUUUGCCACUACUUUUGGGACACAGCUUAUCGAAACGAUUGGGAGACAACUGUUGAAAACUUUCAAGUGGUUGAGACACUUUCAGAUAAAGCAGUCAUCAUUCAUCAGACACAUAAGAGAGUGUGGCCUGCCACCCAGCGGGACGUGCUUUAUGUAUCGGUUAUUCGUAAAAUUCACUCCACCAGUGAGAAUGAUCCAGACACCUGUCUGGUGUGCAACUUCUCAGUGGAUAAUGACAGCUAUCCACCCUCUGCUAGAUGCAUUCGUGCCAAAAUCAAUGUAGCCAUGAUCUGUCAAACCCUAAUCAGCCCACCAGAGGGAGACAAAAAGAUCACCAGGGACAACAUCCUCUGUAAAAUCACAUAUGUAGCCAACGUAAAUCCUGGUGGUUGGGCCCCUGCAUCAGUCUUGCGAGCCGUAGCCAAGAGAGAAUACCCCAAAUUCCUUAAACGCUUCACCUCGUAUGUUCAAGAGAAGACCAGCGGUGAGGAUAUCCUCUACUGAACAACACCAGGUUGUUUAAUAUACAUUCCCAGUUUGCUUUCUGACUCACCUGAAGAAACGCCUUAUUCACAAUGCUCUACCAUCACAGCGCUGCUCUGCCCAAGUGCUCUUGACACUCUUCAGAAACCUUUUUCAAACUGUAUCCAUACAGACUGAACAACAGCGGUACACCAACACCAAAAAUGGUUCAAUGUAUGUAAAAAAAAAAAAAAAAAAAAAAAAGCACCUUUGAAAAGUCAAACACUAGAACAACCAACACAUUCUGGUCAUCUUCAAAAGGCCUUACUCUUUUUUUUUUUUUCUGUUUUUUUCGUAAUUGAGCUGCGGCUCAGGUUGUUAAAGUGUUUUACAUUUUUGUAAAUAUUUGAUCAUAGUUUGAGGUCUGACUAUGGUCUUGAUGAAAAAUAUAUAUAUAUAUAUAUAUAUAUAUAUAUAUAUAUAUAUAUAUAUAAAUAUAUAUAUAUAUAUAUAUAUAUAUAUAUAUAUAUAUAUAUAUAUAUAUAUAUAUAUAAUAUAUAUCUGUAAACUUGAUGCCUUGAUUUAUAUGAUUCUUACUGGCCUUGUCCAAUAGCCAUUUGUCUUAGGAAGACCCUUUCUAUCCUCAUGAUCAAGAGGACGUCAGACUUCAGUCUUAAGAUCUAUUGUACAGUUAGCGUCUGAAUGUUUAACAUUAUUUACAUGUGAAGGCAUUACACAUUUUGAUUAUUAUAAUUCAUAAAUGUGGCUGUUGGUAAAGUGUACAUUUAAUGGGAACUACUUGUAUAAAACAGUAAUCUUGAAAAGUAGAGGCUAUUUUGGUAGGCCUGUAAAAAGUUAUUAGUGAUUUGUAUAUGAUCUUUUUUUUUUUUUUUUUUUUUUUUUUUUUUUUUUUUUAGUUUAGUUUUUUGUUUUAAUUUCCAGAAGUUUCAAUAAUAAUAAUAAUUUCUGCAGGUAGGUGGCACUUUGUUGUACAAAUGCCUGUGUUUGGACACUAUUACAGCAGUUUCAUCAAUGUCAUUCCAGUUUUUCCUUAAUCAGUUGGUUCAUUAUUACAUGUUGGUCUUCCAUCUACACAAUUUAUGUGAAAUUACUUCAGCUGUGCCAACUAUUCUUGUGAAAAAGUGGGAACUGUAAUGGUAAUUCAAAGUUUUAUGUCACUUAUUGGUCUAAUUCAUUGUAUGGAAGAAUUAAUGAACUAGGCACAUUUUCAGCGAUGACUAGACUUAAAGGAGUAGUUUACCCAAAAAUUAACCAAAUCAGUUUUUCCUUACCAGCAUUCUUCAAAAUAUCUUUUGUGUUCAGCAGUACAAAGAAAGUUGGGAAGAAAUUAAAUGAUGACAGAAUUUAAAUUUUUGGGUGAGCUAUCGCUUUAAUAAUGGCUUCAAAGUCAUAAUUUCUUGGAUGAGAAAUGAAAUGCAUACAUAAGGCAAAUCCAUUUAUUAAUUUAUGCAUCUCACGGUUAGAAUUGUUGGUUUUGUUUUUUCUGAUGUCAGUAACAUUGUUUGCACUAAACACUAAUAUAUAUAUAUAUAUAUAUAUAUAUAUAUAUAUAUAUAUAUUUUUUUUUUUUUUUUAUCUUAUUUUUCCAUACUAAUACUCCAGUUCAUGACGGCUGAUUUGAUGCAUGCAAAUGAUCAAAUCAACACCCUCUGAUUUGCUGCUGCUUAAAGCACUUUUAUUUAGUUGGAUAGUGUGAAACACAUUGUUCAUGACAGCAAGAACAAGAAACUAAGAAAAAAUACCUUCUGAUUUCAUUUUGAGAUUGAUUACAAAUGUUGAUUGCUUUUUGAAAAAGGUUUUGUAAAUGACUUCUUUCUAUAUACUGUAUAUGUAAUAUCACCAACUUAUAAAUGAAACCAAAUUUUAUGAAACAAAAGCAAAA